UCUUCCAUUACGGGGUGUGGGUGUAGAAUUUGCAACUUCAAUAACUUCUCCUCUCAGCAACCAUGUCGUACAAUCUGGACGAGCUUGAGGCACCAGCAUGGCUAAAUGAUGAGUUUUUUCUCGGUGUAAUACGUGAUUUUAAUAACGAUCAGACGAUCGAGUUGACCAGCGGAUGCGUUAUGCGUCCGGGAACUAACAAAGGCGAUCAUUACGCAAGUGUGAUGUUCCGCACGACUGUCAACUACCGCUCGAAACGGUGCGUCGGGGAGAAUUCGAUCAAUCUCAUCAUGAAAACGAAACCUGAGGCGGAUGGCCUAAAGAAAGAGCUCUUGGAGGACGAUGGGCUGUUCGUAGUUGAACUUAAAAUGUACAGCAAGAUCUUGCCAGAGAUCGCUCGGCUGUAUGAGGAAAUUGGAGAGGAGUACAAGUAUCCCCGCUAUAUUUACGGUGCUCUGAAACCCCAGGCAAUUCUUAUUUUGGAAGACAUCAGCGGUCAAGGCUGGGUGAUGGGGGACCCCAUCGCCACUUUGGACGACAUGAAGCCGAUUGUACGAGACAUUGCAAUGUUCCAUGCCGCUUCCGUUAUGAUCAGUAGCAACGACCCUUCAUUUGCGGCAGAAAACACCUACUCGAUGGCCGACAAAUUUAUGACCUUCGGCGGAAUGAUCACAAAGGGUUUCGGUGAUUUAUUACAGCUUACGAAGAUGUAUCCAGAGUUUGCUCACUUUGCGAAGCCAAUUGAAAUCUUCCACCAGAACUUGCACAGCUAUCUCAGCUGGCUUUACAACCCUUCCAAGACGAUCCAAAACGUGCUUAUCCACGGUGAUUUUCAUAACAAAAAUAUGCUGCACCAAAUCGAUGCCGAGGGUCGCCACACGGAUACAAUUCUGCUGGAUUAUCAAAUCUGCUGCUGGACUUCGCCCGCCAUCGAUUUGUACUAUCUGCUCGACAUGAUACCAACGCCAACGGUUAAGAACAACCAUCGUGAGGAACUGAUAUACAUGUACUAUCAACAGUACAGUGAUCUCCUGCGACGGUUAGGUUUUCUUGGUAAAAUACCCACCUUGUUGGAUUUGCAGCUGGAGCUACUGCGAUGCUCGGGACUUGAGUUAUUCCACUAUGCAGUCUUUAGUCCGUUCCAAUAUAUGGAUCCAAACACGUUCGAAAUUGAGAGUUUUAUUAAGGGUGAGGCAGACAAUCCGGCGUUUAGCAACCCAGCUUACAAGAAGCUCUUACACACCGAGCUGACGCGAUUCCUUCAUCAGGGAACUCUGGCAAACAUGUAGCCAUAUAAGGCGAGUCUGAAACGAAUCUUGUACGUCACGCGCGUGGUCGACUGGCGGCCGAUAAUUGAUAACGUAUCUCAUACCGAAGCAAUCCGUCGCCUUUUUUGUAGCUCAUGCAAGCGUGCCAAAGCAAUCUUCGAUAUCAAGUUUGCAUUGUUGUAGAAAUUUGUGGUAGACGCGCUACACGUCAGCCUGCGCGUGGCACUUUUGGUUCGAUGAUUAUGUGAUAAAGAUUAGCCCGAUAACAGAUAAUGAACUUGUCCAAUAAAACCGCCGAUGUAUGAUAAACCAUUCCUACAUCGUUGUUCUUUAGUGUAUACUUGAAUCAAAUAAAAAUAUCACUUUUUAUGUUGGAGCAUUGUACAUCUUGAUGUAAGCAAUAGUGAUAGUAAAAUAUCUUUGUAUAAUCUACAGAAAAUAUAAACCAUUUACAC